GCCAAUGAGGGGCCCAGCGAGCCGCCUCAACCGCGCCCCGCCCCCGGCCCACAAGGCCCCGCGCGCCACUCUCCGCCCCGCAGCCGCAGCCGCUCUAGGCCUCCCCGGAAAUUCUAGGAGGCUCUGCCUCCGAUCACCUGACCCCGCCCGACCAACAUGGCGUCCUCCGUGCGCGCCGGGGAACGGCUACGAAGGCUCCUGAGUCCCGGAGGGGAACUGGAGGCGGCGCACCUGCCCCGCGGACUGCGGGCGCGGCUGGAGGCGAUUCUAAGAGAGAAGAAGGCCGCCGGGGGCGAGGGCGACGCCUCCAGGCCCUUGGUGCCCUUCCAUCUGCUCCGGGAGCUGCGCGUGCACCUCAGGGAGCAGGACCCCCCUCUCUUCCUCCACGAGCUCCUGGAAGGCAGUGAAAUCUAUCUGCCGGAGGUGGUGAGACCCCCCAGGAAUCCAGAGCUGGUGGCCCGCCUGGAGCGGAUCAAAGCGCAGCUGGCCAACGAGGAGUACAAGAGGAUCACCAGAAACGUGUCCUGCCAGGCCCUGAGGCAGGAAGGCAAUCUAGCUGACUUCGGACGGCAAGUGAGGUCGGUGAAGGCAGUGAUCAUCACCAUCUUCAACUUCAUCGUCACCGUGGCAGCAGCUUUUGCCUGUACCUUCCUCGGAAGCCAGUACAUCUUCUCCGAAUUGACCGCAAGGGUGCUGGCUGCGGUGAUCGUGGCCUCCGUGGUGGGUCUGGCUGAGCUCUAUAUCAUGGUCCGGGCCAUGGAAGGGGAGUUUGGAGAGCUGUAACCACUGAGAGCCACUCUGAUCCCAGGUGGGUUCCAGGAGGCCCCCGGGGGGACUGUGCUCAGCCCAACUUCAGGACCCAGGCCUGCCUGCCACUGCCCAGUGCAGGGCCGAGCUCCUCUACACCACGGCCUUGUGGAAAGGUCCAGGGAAGAGGGCCGGGCUGCUCUCAUCCCCAAAUCGGACCCACAUCCCCACACUGCAGGACUAAGGUGGUACCCACUCAGACUGAAGAGGAACAGCCAAGAAAACCUUCAAAUGCAGCCUCUGGCCAGGACCUUGCAAAAGAAUAGGUUUUUCGGGACAGUUUGAUGGCACAGUGGGUAGAGUGCUGGCCUUAAAGUCAGGAGGACCUGAAUCCAAAUCCAACUUCAGACACUUAAGACUUCCUAGCUGUGUGACCCUGGGCCUGUCACUUAACCCCAAUUGCCUUGGCAAAAAAAAGAAAAAAGAAUUGGCUUUAGUUUCUGCCUUUAUAUUGACCUUCAGAUUUCUGGUCCUUCCUUUCACCCACUUUGUAUGUCUGUAUCUGUUUCCCUGCCUUCAGUGUCUUUGAGGCUUCCUGCCUUCAAAGCACUGUGUCCUCUGCUUCCAAGGGAAGUGUGUGUGUAUGGGGGGGGGGGGGGGGGGAAAGGGGGAGGAAGGGAGAUGAAGUAGAGGCAAAACCUGCGUGUUCAUUUUUCACUCAAGAACUCCCUGCUCUGGCUCCUCUUGUGUUCAGAGCAAAUCGCUUCUGGGAAUCUUCUCCAGUCUGGACACAAAGCCUUGUGCUUGGAUGCUUGUUUUGAAAAAUGUGAAUUUGUCCCACUUUGAUGGAUACAUUCGGGAGCAAUUUGAGCCCAGCACAGAUUUUGUGUUUGCUUAUGUACCAGUUUACCUGACAGAAAACUGCACCUCUUCGGGUUAACUCAAAAGCACCCACCCUUCCACCACCUCCUUCCUCAGGCAAACUUCAGGUCUUUCUCAAGGUGCAGUGCCCUAUAUCUUAUGGUGCAGGGGGAGCUAUAGGCUGAGGAGGGCUGCUCUCUACCUCUUCCCCCAUCUUCCUCUAUGGGCAAGGUCCACCCCUACCCCGGGAAUUUCCAUCCACUGAAACCCCAGAAGCAACUGGGCUCGGCCAGCCUGGGCCCCAUGGGAUCUGCAGGUGUCACUGCUAUUUAUUGUCGUAUUUAUGUAUUUCUUAACCAUUUUUAUUAGAUUCCUGAGUGUGUGUGUGUGUGUGUGUGUGCGUGUGCGUGUGUGUGUGUGUGUGUGAGAGAGAGAGAGAGAGAGACUGGGAAGUUUUUGAGUGUUGUCCUUCGUGCCAUUUUUUCAUAAACUCUGGUUUUUAUUGCAAGAUUUUUGCAUUUCAUUGUGGUUCUUGGCACAAGUGUCAAAGAGAACAUCUUCAGGUUUUGUGUAUGCUGUGUGUAAUGUAGCCUUUGUGGUCUCUUAAUGAAUGAGAAAUGGUGUACGUGCAUAUAUAUAUAUAUGAUGGACUUACGUGUGUAUAUACAAAGGGUAUUCUCAGAGAAUCAUUUUUCUUACUCUGUUACCUAAGAAGGUUCCCACCAAUAAGAAGACAUUAACUGUUCUGCUGCACUCAGAGUUGAGCUCAAAGAAGAAAUUUCUGUCCUUAAAUGCUGUCUUCAGUUUGUUUUGUCAUGUUGCGUUAGGGUUUAUAUAACCUGUUAAAAGUUUAAAUGUUUAAAUAAAAACUGUCCAAAAAUG